AUGGACAACGUUAUAUUGUGUCUUUACUUGCCAGAACAUGCAAAUGAUCCGCAAAUUAUGGAAUGUGUAAGUGAAUGGACAGAGAUCUUCAUCCGUAAUAAAUUAACACUUAUUGAUCCAGAACUCUGGCGGAUAAGGAAGGACUUCGAAGUGGCCAUUGACUAUGAAACUAUUCUUCCCCUGGCGCCGAUAAAUUUUCAAUUACAAAUAUUCACCUCUCCUGAUAUAACAUUAUCCAAAAUCUCUGCAUCAAUACAUCUAGUACUGAUAAAAUCGGGCCUGGACAAAAAUUUCACAAAAUUCGUUCCAUCUCAUCACAACCCAAGCAAUACUACUAGUCAUACUGUGUAUGGCGAUCAUAUUAGCGGCGGAUUGCCUAAGGAUGCUGCUAAACUGGAGGAAUAUGCUGGGAAAUACCGUUCUGAUGGAUAUAAGAUGAUCGACUACAAUUUGCAAAAUACUAAUAACAAUCUCAUCUUUACAUUGGAGUGUUAUAAUUUGCUGGAUAUUUUACAGACGAACAAUAUACAGAUACAACUACUCAGGAUUCUACUGUUUAACAUACCUACAACUGGAUUUGACAAUUUAAGAAGCCGCAAUGUAGGCUAUAUUGCUUCCAUUUGUGGCCAGGUACAACGGAUCAGUACAGUAAAACCAAGAGUCAAUUCCAUACUUUUUAAGUGCUUGACCUGCAGGUGCAACUUUUUCCAGUCACUUGUUGAAGGGAGGUUUCACAUGCCUACAAAAUGUGCGUUAAACUCUUGCAAAUCCUCCAGAUUUAAAAUAUUGAGGCAUCACUCAAAAAUCUGCAACCACCAAACUAUAAGAGUCCAGGAAUGUUACCGGGAUUUGUCGGACAAACCCCCCAAAUCUAUUGAUAUAGAACUAUCGGGAAGUAUGAUUGAUAAUUGUAUGCCUGGAAAUAUUGUCACAGUUGUUGGUAUCGUACGCGCUUCAAGAAUUGCUCAAGAUAGGGGGAGGAAGGGACUGUCCAAUGCGUUGCUAAAUAUCUACUUGCAAGCUCUGUCAAUUACAUCAGGCGACGAAAAAAUGAAAGGUGACACCUCCACCUGGGAUUCAAGGUACGACAACUUCAUUCGUGAUUUACAAUUAAAUGAACCCUUGCGUUAUUACCUAAUCUCCUCCUCAAUUUGUAAAAGUAUCAUAGGCCAUCCCUACCUUAAAGCCGGAUUGUUGUUAUGCUUACUAGGAGGCACUCCCAUAUUUGACCAUAGGGGGGGAUUGGUUAAGAGAGGCAACAUCCAUUGCCUAUUGAUAGGUGAACCUGGAGUAGGAAAGAGCAAAAUACUGCGAGGUUUAUGCAAUUUAGCAGAAACAGGCCGCUUCUUCUCUGGCGGUUCAAUGUCAGCAAGCGGGUUAACCGCAUCUCUCAUACGAGAAACAGAUAGUACGGAAUUUAUCCUUGAAGCUGGCGCUCUCAUUCUCUCAGAUGGAGGCACCUGUUGCAUUGAUGAACUUGACAAGGUUUCUCAAGCUCAGCAACAUGCUUUUCUGGAGAGUAUGGAACAACAGACAGUGUCUAUAUCAAAGGCUGGUGUUGUUUGUACACUUAGUGCUAAGUGUACUUUGAUUUGUGCUGCAAAUCCAAAGAUGGGAAAGUUUUCGGAAUCCAAGCCUUUGGUAGAUAAUGUGAACAUUCCAUUUCCCUUGCUCAAUCGUUUUGAUUUGUUGUUUCUUCUAAGGGAUGGAGACUCCACAUUCAUUACAGAUUCCCGUGUUUCCAAUAGCAUCCUGGAGUUGAACGAGAGCAAUAAUGAUAAGUGCCAACAAUAUUCACUUGGGGGCAGCAGCAGUGGGGCACUUGGCGAUAAAAUUACAUGUUUUGAAAACUCAGAUCAGGUCCCAAGUCAACUCAUUCAAGCAUACAUUAAAUAUGCCAAAUCUCUACCUGACCCCAAAUUUACGCACUCUAGCGCCAAUAUAAUAAAGAACUAUUUUAGGAAACUAAAAGUUAUAUCUCCAUUUCCAGUCACAAUACGUCAAUUGGAGGCUCUGAUUCGUUUGGCACAGGCCCGCGCUAGAGGAGACUUUAGCGAAAUAAUUAAGGACGGGCAUGCCCAAGAAAUCGUCGAACUGUACAACCAUACACUGUAUAGCUACAGUGAACCUAAAUCUACUAGGCGUAGGUUGAAGGGCAGUAUUAUCCACCGCUUCAUAGAAUAUCUGGUGCAAAUGCAUGGGAUGCACCGUAGCACAUACAGUACAAAUGAGUUGGAAGAGGCAGCUAGACAUGUAAUUGGAGGCUGUAAUAUAAAUAUGGAUGUUGAUUCUCUUAUAGAGAGAGCAAAUUAUAGUGGGUUUAUUAUUAAAACGGUAAACGGAUGGGAAGUGGUACAAUGA